GGUGGACCCGCGGGAGCUAACAGGAUGAGUCUUUCCACCAUAAUCAUGGGCGUAUGAUCAUGAACGGCGACAUUUCAUAGUUUAAAAGAAAUACUACAUGAUGGCUGGUAAUUAUUCCCCACUGGCGGGUCGAUCUUAUUAUGAAAGCUCAUCAAGGAAGUUGAGUCGAGAAGAACGAGAAAACUUGUACCAAGACAAAGACGUCAAGUUCACUGCAUUCUCACCUCGUCCAAUUCAGAAAUUAACACAGAAACGAAUGCCAAAAACUCUUGCAAGUAUCAAAAUGCACCAUAAGCUUCGUACCAGCAUUCCUGAUUCAACUCAUUUGGAUGCAUCAGAACCAUAUCAAGCAUGGAUAGAAGCUGGCCAGAGAGGGCCUCCUUUUCCACCAAGAUGGGAUGCUGAUUAUGACAGCAAUACAUGGAGAAACUUUCGUUUAACGAAAGAUAUUAAGUUAGACCCCUCAGGGAAAAACAUAACAGAGCUGAUCGCAUCAAUGUAUCCAAUAAAUGUGCCGCCACAUUCAGAGCUUGGGGAAAAUAAUUAUGCAAAGUUUCUGCGCGAAGUUCCAAUGAUCAGAGACAAGAAAAAAUGUACGAUUGCUAUCUCCAAAUCAGAGUUGAACCUGGAAGAGUUUCAGAAACUAAGAAUUCGAAGUGAGGUGCGCGUACCUCCACUCGAUGAUCAGGGGAAGAUCCGUCCACCAACCAAGUUCAAAAAAUAUGAACACCGAUAUUUAACAACACCGGAAACAACAACUGUUCAGCUACGACAUAUGACGCAGACAGAACGUGAUAUUGAAAGAAAUAUUUUAGGUACCAGACAAAAGCUGCAUUAUCCCCGUAUUUGGAAACUUAGUUAUCAUCAAAAUAAUCCAGAAUAUGAUAAAGUAAAGAAAGAGUUAGAGGAAAGGAGACAUGGAACAAAAAAGCAAAAAUCACAAAUCAUUUUUUAUCAACCUGUAAGAUAAUUAGGUGUGUAGCCAAAAUGAGUUACGGUAGGUGGAGUGGGGAUGGGGCACUCAGAACUGCCCGUCCUUUUUUCCACGGAUACUCAAGAUAUUCAAUACAAAAAGAAAGAAGCUUCUAGAACAUAUUAUGCUGCCUGGUCUUCAAGCAGCAUGUAUUCUAAUUUUGUGAGACAUCUGACAAAAUGUCAUGAAGACCACCACCCUUUAAUUCAUAUAGAGUUUAAAAGAGACAAUGUUUUUAUUUUUCAGUAAAAUCAUGUACGUAAUUGUUUUUAUCAAAUGCAUUCUCGAACAAAAUUAUUUAAACUGUCUCGCAUUGCAUCUUCAACUCAUUGAAGAUUGGGUCUUAUUUAAUUGACUGGACACCAACAAACCGAACAAAUUCUAUAAUCACAAACCUUCAUUUACAUAAAUAAUUAACAUUUCUGGUUAGUCUAAAAAAACAACUGUUUUCCAUGCUAAAAGGGAAGUUAUGAAGCUUUUGUCUGGAUUCAAUAUAAAUUUCAAUAUUAAAGAAGGAACUGAUAAAACUGUGUCUGUACACCAAUAUACUUUUACAAAGAAAUUUAGAACAAUCAUUCGCUUUUGAAUAUUUUUUUUGUUUUGUUUUUAAUGUUUCAUUUCAUAACAAUUUUUAUAACCAAUAUUUUGUAAAAUACUAAUAUUUUGUUUGAAAAGUAUUUAUUUACAUUUAAGCGCCACAGCACAAAUGUUCGAAUUUCAUAACAAAUAGUAUAUUUUAUAAUAAUAUAUUGUAUAGGACGCAUAUCGAACACGAGAUGAGAUGCUUGUGUUGCAAUGUAAUUUUAUAUUUUCAAGCAAUUAUUCUCCAACCAUAUAGUACACCAUGGAGUACUUACACACUGCUAGAAUCAUUCAGACUAUCAUUGUCAAUUUCAUAUGCAAAUGACAUCAUUUAGCUGUUACCAUGCCAGUGUAAACGUCACACACAUGAAUUUGAACUAUGACCUUUGUAUCAGGCAUUGGUCUCAGAUAAUUGAUGGCAUGUCUUUGUACAAUUAUGCUAUAUAACAAUAGCAGUACGGUAGGUUCUUUUUUUUUAAAUCAAUUCAAACAUUUUAUUUACUUGAAAUAUUUGUUUAGCUAUUCCAUUAAUUUGCGUGACACAAUCUAGUUUUAACAAAAAUGUCUUUUUUUUUGAAAAAAAAUAUGUGUUUAAUUUUAUGCCAAGUAUCUGCAGGCUCUAAAAACUUGGCUUUCUGCCAAGAUUUAGGUAAUUUAUUACUGUGAUCUCACUAGAAAUAGACCUCAAACUUACAAAAGAAAAUAAAUAAAACUUUAGA